ACCCUCUGCCCCACUCCAGCUCCUUACUCGAAGCCCAGCAUGACCCUGGAGCCCAACAAGGACCUGCGGCCCGGGGACAUGGUGACCAUCACGUGCUCCAGCUACCGGGGCUAUCCGGAGGCCGAGGUGUUCUGGCAGGACGGGCAGGGUGCGCCCCUGACCGGCAACGUGACCACGUCGCAGAUGGCCAAUGAGCAGGGCUUAUUCGACGUGCGGAGUGUCCUGAGGGUGGUGCUGGGCGCCAAUGGCACCUACAGUUGCCUGGUGCGCAACCCUGUGCUGCAGCAGGACGCUCAUGGCUCCGUCACCAUCACGCCCCAGAGAAGCCCCACAGGCGCCGUGGAGGUCCAGGUCCCCGAAGACCCCGUGGUGGCCCUGGUGGGCACCGAUGCUACCCUGCGCUGCUCCUUCUCACCCGAGCCCGGCUUCAGCCUGGCGCAGCUCAACCUCAUCUGGCAGCUGACGGACACCAAACAGCUGGUGCACAGCUUCUCCGAGGGCCGGGACCAGGGCAGCGCCUAUGCCAACCGCACCGCGCUCUUCCCCGACCUGCUGGCGCAGGGCAACGCGUCCCUGAGGCUGCAGCGAGUGCGGGUAGCUGAUGAGGGCAGCUUCACCUGCUUUGUGAGCAUCCGGGACUUCGGCAGCGCUGCAGUCAGCCUGCAGGUGGCGGGUGAGCGCCGGGAGGGGGCGCCCUCCCCUGGAUGCCCGCCUCACUUCCCGCCGCCCCUUACCUCUUGUGCCAUCACGAACCCCAUACAUAACUCAAGCCCCAUUAAUGACCCCUGUUCCUCCAGGUGCCCUAUCCUGCACCGCAGACCCCCA